AUGUCUGUUGCUGAAAAGGCCCGUUUCUACUUGGAGCGCUCUGUUCCUCAAUUGCGCGAAUGGGAGGAAAAGGAAAUCUUCACAAAGGAUGAGAUCCGUACAAUCGUGCAGAAGCGCAGCGACUACGAGCACCGCAUCCUCGCCCCCCGCUCCAACCCCGACGACUUCACCGCCUAUGCAAAAUGGGAACAAUCCCUCGAGUCCCUCCGCCAGAAACGCUGCAAGCGGAUGAAGAUUGGCCACGUCACGUCCCAGCACACCACUCAAUCCCGCGUCCUCGCCAUCUUCGACCGCGCCGUCAGCAGACACCCCGGUAGAAAGGACCUGUGGCUCGAGUACCUCAAAUACACCGCCGACGUCAAGGCCACCAAGCGCUGGCGCCGGACCAUGGCCAGCGCCCUCCGCAUGAUGCCCACCGACGCUGACCUGUGGAUCUUUGCCGGCCGGCGCUCGGCGUCCAACGGGGACAUGGGCGGCGCGCGAGGAUACUUCAUGCGCGGGUGCCGCUUCUGCACGAGCGAGGGCACGCUGUGGAUCGAGUACGCGCGGUGCGAGAUGGAGUGGCUGGCCAAGAUGCAGGCUAAGAAGGGCGGCAGCAAGAAGAAGGCGGAGCAGGAGAAUCCGCUGGCUGGCGAGAAGAUGGACGACGACGACGAGAUCAAGCUCAUUGACGAGGACGAUGAGGAAGACGAGGACGAGGACGUUCUGAGCCUCCCCGUGCCCGGCAAGGAGAAGAAGAAGGCCAUUGACGAGGAGGAGAGCAAGGCGCUCAAGCACAACCCGGCCCUGGACGGUGCCAUACCGAUGGCUAUUUUCGACAUUUCGAGAAAACAGCCGUUCUACAACCCCGAGGUGGCCGAGCGCUUCUUUGACAUGUUUGCCUCCUUCGCAAAGGUCUCGUCCGCGUCCAAGAUUCUCCAGCACGUCGUCGACGUCAUGAGGGAGCAGGACGCCGCUCACCCGGCGACGUGGAAUUGCUACAUCCGCCUGCCCCUCGUCGGCGUCAGCCCCGACACGCCCGAGUUCCCUCUCGGCCUUCGCGAGGUUCUGUCGCGCCUGGGCAAGGGACUGGACGAGACGUCCGACAAGGCUGCGCUGGAGAGCAAGUCGCUGGUGUGGAUCGAGCUGGUGCUCCUCUUCAAGGGUCUCGACGAGGGUAUCAGGACGGUUCUGGAGCACACGAGAGAUCAGCUGCAGUCAUAG